GGUUAUCAUCCAGUCAAGCCCAAAGCGCUUCUUGACAACCAGUGAAAUCACCUGUAUUGCCAAUGGUUUCGUAACGCGACCAUCAUGGGUAUCAGUUUUGGCAAGAAGAUGGCGGUAAAAUGGGUUUCUUCCAAAAGAUCACAACUAAUAGGCGCAUGUGCAUUCUUCUUCAUAACAUACGCCGUUAUCGCCUCUCUACCACAAUCUCCAACGAACAAUAUCCUUGAAAGAAGCUGUUCCUGCUCACAUAAAAAUGUCACGUACGACUUCUGUUAUCAUUUACCUAAAAAUCGGAUGAUCAAAGGAAGACCUUUUGAUUGCAACUUCUCAACGUACCUUGAGGAACUUGAGAUUUUGCCAUUAAAGAAGAUUGUAGAUUUGGUGACUGAGGAAAUGCCCGUUCCCGCCUUUGUGACCGCAAUGUCUCAAAACCAUUAUGCAGAAGGACUCACACUGAUUGCGAACUUGCGUAGCUUGUGGCCACGUCAGAAAGUAAUUGUGUACGAUUUGGGUCUUGAUCCAGAAUCAAAGAAGGAACUGCAAAAAAAGUGUUUGGUGGAAGUGCGCAGCUUUCCAUUUGAACGUUUUCCACGUUAUGUGCAUGAUUUGACGCAGUUUAGAUGGAAACCUCUCCUCAUAGGUAUGGCGCUGAAGGAGUUCGGUGCAAUAUGGUAUAUGGAUACUUCUGUGCGAUGGAAACGUGAUUGUCGUAAAAGUGUAUACAAUGAAAUUACCUGUCGUAAAAAAUUUAAGCCAGCACAUUUCCCAAGGCCAUUUUUGCCCACUGGACCGGCCAAUUCGGGAUGUAAGAAGCCAGCUUACAUGCUUCAUUCUCCUUCGCAUCACAGCAUCUUUGCCGCGACUCAUCCAGGGAUGUAUAGUUAUAUUCCAACAGACAUCGAAGCUAUUAAGAAGAAUGAAUCUAUGAAUUACGAUGCUAACUUCCAAUUCAUCGUCAAGACUACGGACGCCCUCGAAAUACUGAAAUGGUAUGUUUUAUGCGCACUCGAAAAAGAGUGCAUGGCACCUUAUGCAGCCAGGGUAUGGUGCGACUUCAAAAACGAUCAAUAUUACAGAUACGCGGGAUGUCACAGGUACGACCAAUCCGCCAUCAAUCUACUUCUGGCCAACUCAUAUGGGUAUAACAUAGCAAAUUACGUAAGCAAUCUCGGAGAUGGAGCAGUGAUCGAUCGCAGUGCCAAGAGUGGCUUAACUGAAGAGGAUUUUUCAUGCACGGAACGAGUGGUUCACAGUUAAGAAGAAAAGCCAGCGUAUUCCAAUAAUUAUGACAGUAAUAAUGACAGUAUUACAAAUCAAGUCAUUUUGUCCGUCUCGGCUUUAUAUGUGAAAAUUGAAGUAAAAAGUCAUGGGUGGUUCUUCUCAAAUAAUUAAAAUAAUCAUACAGACUUCCUUCAGUAUAGCAUAUAAAUACCUGCACCGGUUUGAGUACCUAUUUAUGUCCCUUAUGCGGUCCUAUCCAACUGUGCUCGCGUUUUCCAACAAUGGGCUGUCUUGAAAAAUGAAAAUAAACUUAUUGAUAACU